AUGUUUUUGCGAUACCUGCCUCUUUCCAAUACCCGAGGACGACUGAAGAAAGUCACCAUUCUUGCAACAUUGGCUGUGCUCAUAAUACUACGCAGUAUUGAAUUAUUGCAAAGCUUAAUGAACAUUCGCCCAUCAAUCCCAAAUGAUGAGCAGCCGCAUUACCUUCAUCGCUCAAAGUUCCGCACUAAUCCAGAUAUGGAGUACGAGUCACAUCUGUCCAGUGCUAUGCGUAUAAUUGAAAGGAAGGAACAAUACAUAUAUGGGGAUGAUGAAGCGUCGGAUAUUCUAUGGCAAAUGCUCUUAGAAGACAAGCUCACUCAUGAGAAUCGAGGCCAGGAUUCUCUACUAAUGGAAGAGCGGAAUGCUGAAUGGAUAUAUAAGGUGAGCAUGACGAGUAAUGCCGAAGCCAACUUUGGAAGCCUCGCCACCCUCUACCACUCUUACCCUCAUUUCGUUCAACGAAGCGACCUUUUACGAUAUCUUAUCCUAUGGUAUUUCGGUGGAUAUUACGCGGAUAUGGAUGUAAUACCAUCUCGCAGCAUUAAAGAUUGCCCGGCGAUUCAAGAAUCAACAGAGAGAAACAACUCUGAUAUCUCUCUCAUUCUUGGUAUUGAAAUCGAUGAGCCCUUUGCUUCAUCCCAGGAAAUGAAGUUCUGGCACUGGGUCCGGCGUUAUGGGUUUGCCCAAUAUACGAUGUACGCAGCCCGUCGGUUCAGUCCUUUGCUCCGGGAGGUGAUUGUUCGAGUGAUAUCGCAUACGAACAGACAUUUAGAUGAAAGCAACAUUUUCUUGGGCCCGCAAUACAAUGAAAUGACCACACUUGAGCUUACUGGUCCGGGCGUCUUCACUGAUGCCAUUCUAGACGUAUUGUCCGAUUCAUUACCCGACUUCCAUCCACUUGUGACGAAGUCUAUCAAUGCUGAUAUUGGUAUUGGAGACUUAGAUUCGCCCAAACAACGAGUCUCAUGGGCGCCCUUCCAUCGUCUUCAGCAGCCUUUCUGUGUAGAAGGAUCAGAAACUAGGUCAGGGAAAGAUUUCGGUGGACUAUGCAUUUUACCUGUUAACGUUUGGGCAAAUGGACAACGGCAUAGUAACUCGAGGUUUCAAUACUGCUAA